CAAACCGCUGUGCAGUCUUUGUCUAUGGGUGGUGAUGCUGAAGCACCUCAACUUGCAGUCAGACAGUCAGGCUAAAGUCUCUUAGAAACAACCGUGUCCUCCCAUCCACGCAGCCGUUUGCUCCAGAGGCAGGUUGAUUUGGUGGAAAUCUACCGAAUCAGUUAGUUGUCAAGUUUCUGAGGGUUUGGAUGAACCGUCUCCAGUAGCACUGACAGAGGUGUGAAGCAGGGAGACCCACACUGCAGCAGCACCCCCACCACAACCAUGCCACCGCCGGCGGACAUCGUCAAGGUGGCCAUCGAGUGGCCGGGGGCUUUCCCCAAGCUCAUGGAGAUAGACCAGAAAAAGCCUCUCUCAGCCAUCAUUAAAGAAGUGUGUGAGGGGUGGUCCUUGGGGAACCAUGAAAACUUUGCUCUGCAGAUUGCUGACUCGACCAAUUUCUACAUCACAGAAAAGAAUCGCAAUGACAUCAAAAAUGGGUCAAUCCUGCGCUUGACCACCUCUCCGUAUCAGACAGCCCUUCAGCUUCAUGAGCGGAUCCAGUCAUCCAGUAUGGACGCCAAGCUGGAGGCUCUGAAGGACCUGGCCAACGCGUCGCGGGAUAUCACCUUUGCCCAGGAGUUCAUUAACCUGGACGGCAUCUCUCUGCUCACUCAGAUGGUGGAAAGUGGGACUGAGCGCUAUCAGAAACUACAGAAGAUUAUGAAGCCCUGUUUUGGCGACCUGCUCUCCUUCACUCUGACGGCCUUCGUGGAGCUGAUGGACCACGGCAUCGUCUCCUGGGACACUUUCUCUGUGGCCUUCAUCAAGAAGAUUGCCAGCUAUGUGAACAAGUCGGCCAUGGACACAGCGGUGCUGCAGCGCUCCCUGGCCAUCCUGGAGUCCAUGGUGCUCAAUAGUCAAGACCUUUACCAUAAGGUGGCGCAAGAGAUCACCAUCGGACAGCUCAUUCCACAUCUUCAGGGGACUGACCAGGACAUUCAGACCUACACUAUUGCGGUCAUCAAUGCUCUGUUCCUCAAAGCUCCUGAGGAGAAGAGACAGUUUGAUGAGCACAUUGUGGACAUCCUAAAUUGUCCCCUAACAGAGAUGGCCCAUAUUCUCGCCCAGAAACAGCUGCGCUCCAUCAUUCUCAGCAAUGUGAUCCGGAGUCCAACACCUAUUAACGAUGAGAUGGCUCACCAGCUGUACGUGCUGCAGGUGCUCACCUUCAACCUGCUGGAGGACCGCAUGAUGACCAAGAUGGAUCCCCAGGACCAGGCUCAAAGGGACAUCAUUUUUGAGCUGCGGAGAAUCGCAUUCGACGUGGAGUGUGAGCCCAACAACAGCGGCAGCAUUGAGAAACGCAAGUCCAUGUACACCCGUGACUACAAGAAGCUCGGCUUCAUCAACCAUGUGAAUCCAGCUGUCGACUUCACCCAGAUUCCUCCAGGCAUGCUGGCUCUGGAUAACAUGUUGUAUUUCGCCAGGCACCACCAGGACGCCUACAUCAGGAUCGUUCUGGAGAACAGCAGUCGAGAGGACAAACACGAGUGUCCGUUCGGCCGCAGCAGUAUUGAGUUGACCAAGAUGCUCUGUGAGAUUCUGAAAGUGGGCGAGCUUCCAAGUGAAAACUGCCAUGACUUCCACCCGAUGUUUUUCACCCACGACCGCUCCUUUGAGGAAUUCUUCUGCAUCUGCAUCCAGCUCCUUAACAAGACUUGGAAGGAAAUGAGGGCCACGAGUGAAGACUUCAACAAGGUAAUGCAGGUGGUGAGGGAGCAGAUCAUGCGAGCACUGACUCUUAAGCCUAAUUCCUUGGACCAGUUCAAGAGUCGCCUGCAGAACCUGAGCUACACAGAAAUCCUGAAGAUACGCCAGUCCGAAAGGAUGAAUCAGGAAGACUUUCAGUCCCGCCCAAUCCUGGAGCUGAGGGAGAAGAUUCAGCCAGAGAUCAUGGAGCUGAUCAAACAGCAGAGACUCAACAGGUUGUGUGAGGGAACCUGCUUCAGGAAAAUCAGUAGUCGUAGGAGGCAAGAUAAGUUUUGGUAUUGUCGUCUGUCUCCGAACCAUAAAGUUCUGCACUACGGAGAUCUGGAGGAGAGCCCUCAGGGUGAGGUGCCCCACGACUCUUUACAGGACAAACUGCCUGUGGCUGAUAUCAAAGCUGUUAUCACCGGCAAGGACUGUCCUCACAUGAAGGAGAAAGGAGCCCUGAAGCAAAACAAGGAGGUGUUAGAGCUGGCCUUCUCUGUCCUCUACGAGUCGGACGAGUAUUUAAACUUUAUUGCUCCUGACAAGCAUGAGUACUGUGUGUGGACAGACGGUCUCAACGCCCUCCUCGGUAAGGAGAUGACCAGCGACUACACCAAAUCCGACAUGGACACCCUCCUCUCUAUGGAGAUGAAACUCCGCCUCUUGGAUCUAGAGAACAUCCAGAUUCCAGAGGCCCCGCCCCCAAUUCCCAAAGAACCUAGCAACUAUGACUUUGUUUACGACUGUAACUAGACGAUCCCCCUGCCCCCCGCCCCCCGCCCCCGCCAGCUCCAACCUAAACCACCAUGCACCUACUGUACUCACUGGACCAAUCAAUCCCCUUUCUUAUGAACUGGAAAAAAAAAAACAAAACCAUCUAAUAUUAAAAAAAAAUAUGAACUGUGAUUGAAAGGAAAAAAAGGAUUUAUGGAACUAUUUUCCUCUUGCUUCUUGCAGACCUUUCUAUAAGAGAGAAAAUGGUGCAUAUUAAUAGUCUCACUGCACUUAAGGGAUGGUGGGGGGGUCGCAGCAGAUUUGACACGAAACUUGUUGAUUCAUCAGGUUGCCAUGGAGACGAGAAACCAGGAAGUAUUUGUUUGGUUGUUUUUCGUGUUCUUCCUCGCUCUACUCCUGUGUCUGAUGUUUCCUUUCACUGCUUCUUCUUCUCGGCUGAGGUCAUUUUUGCUCGAUGAUCGUUGUAGACAACUGCUUAGAAGUCCUAUUUGAUUCCGCUUCCUUGUUCUCCUUUUUAUUUCAUUUUGUUUUUCUUUUUUUUUCCUCAGGGCUUUUUUGUCGAUGGGAGGGGGGGUUAACGAGGGAGGUUGACGUAUGAGGGUUUGUACUUUAUUGUCAACUCUCCAGCAGUAUUUUUCCUGUCACAUUCUCAAAUUUCCAGUAUUUGUGGCAGCUUGAAAAUAGUGUCGAAACUGCUCUGUCCUGCUUCUUCACACAUGCGGAAGACUGUUAAAAUAAGUGAAUCAAUUCUCAAAACCCAGGCACUGUACUGAAGUAAAGAGCGUAAAAAAAAGCCCUUGUUUUCAAUAUUCUAAUGUUAAUGUUAUUAUUCCACCGCUGCUUAUUGCAUAUUGUUCACUCCUACACAGUGGCUUUGCCAAAAUUCUAACCGUAAAAACACCACCAUUGUGAAACAAACCCACUCUCUCUGAGUCUCUUUCGUUGUUAUGACUGCUGUACACAACAUUCCGAAGCAAUAUUUGAGCUUUUUUUUUGUUUGUCAUUUGUAAGAUGGUCAUUAUUUAGUGAUUUUAAAAAAAUUGUGAAACUGCCAAGUAGUUGGCUCCACCAAGAGGAUAUUAGUGUUUUGGUCACGGGAAGUUGUCUUUUUUUGUGUGUGUUCAGGACUAUAUGGCCACAAAAUUGAAAGUCUAUGUAUUUUUUUAAUUUAAAACAGAUCAUGGUUGUUAUUUCUAGUAUGAUUUAUAUAUUUUCCCCGUUCCUAUUUAAUACCUUCAGAUGUUUUUUUUUCUUUAGGAUUUUUCAAAGCCCCUCAAAACUGCUGUUUACAUUAAAGAUUUAGGAACUGUAA